ACCCUCACCGAAUCCGAACAUUAUUCCUUUUCUUUCUCCUUCUGCUUUUCCGUUCGUAUUUACUCCUCUCCUUCUUUUCGAAAUUCACAAAUUACCAACCUCCCCAUAAAAGCCACGCCUUCGUGCUCCUCCUCUCUCUUCCUCCUCGCCCCCAUCCCCCACCCGCUCUCGUCCCUCUCCCCCGUCCUUCGCCGCCGACGCCGACGCCGACUGCCGCACGGGGGCCCUCCAGCGCAAUCUCCACGAAAUGGAGGACCCCUGUCUUUCUACGCAGCUUAUUGAUGGAGAUGGUGUUUUCAAUGUUUCUGGAUUGGAGAGUUUCAUGAAGGAAGUUAAAUUGGCCGAAUGUGGGCUCUCAUACGCUGUUGUAUCAAUAAUGGGCCCACAGAGUAGUGGAAAAAGUACACUUUUGAAUCAUCUUUUCCGCACCAAUUUUAGGGAGAUGGAUGCUUUCAGAGGAAGGUCACAGACAACCAAAGGUAUAUGGAUGGCAAAGGCCCAGAAUAUUGAACCGUGCACCCUUGUAAUGGAUUUGGAAGGCACUGAUGGAAGAGAGAGGGGAGAGGAUGACACGGCCUUUGAGAAACAGAGUGCAUUAUUUGCUUUGGCUGUUUCGGAUAUUGUGUUGAUCAAUAUGUGGUGCCAUGAUAUUGGCAGAGAACAGGCUGCGAACAAGCCUCUUUUGAAGACUGUUUUCCAGGUCAUGAUGAGAUUAUUCAGUCCUCGCAAAACAACAAUGCUAUUUGUUAUUCGUGACAAAUCAAAGGUGAGCGCUGACAGGGUGCAUUUUAUGCGACGAACUAUGAUAUUUUCCGAAGCAACUGCCAGUUAUCUUUUUUUUUUACUUCCUGAACCUAAUUUUGUGUAUGGUGAUAUAUACAACCUUUCUGGUUUUAAACAGACACCUUUGGAAAAUCUUGAACCGAUUUUAAGAGAAGAUAUUCAGAAGAUAUGGGAUGGUGUUCCUAAACCCCAUGCCCAUAAAGAUACUCCUCUCAGUGAAUUUUUCAAUGUGCAAGUGGUGGCCCUUAACAGUUAUGAGGAAAAGGAAGAGUUAUUUAGAGAGCAGGUUUCCAACUUGAGAGAUAGGUUUCAACAGUCUAUUGCUCCUGGUGGACUUGCUGGAGAUCGGCGUGGUGUUGUUCCAGCAUCAGGUUUUUCAUUUAGCUCACAGCAAUUUUGGAAGGUCAUCAAGGAGAACAAAGACCUUGACCUACCUGCUCAUAAAGUUAUGGUGGCUACUGUGCGUUGUGAAGAAAUCGGUUAUGAGAAAGUUGCCACUUUUACAGCCGAUGAGGAAUGGCAACAAUUUGAGGAGGCUGUUCAAAGUGACUAUGUACCAGGUUUCGGGAAGAAAAUCAGCAGCCUGCUUGAUAGAUGUUUAUCAGAAUACGACAUGGAGGCUAUUUAUUUUGAUGAAGGUGUCAGAACAUCAAAAAGACAUCAACUUGAGUCUAAACUCUUGCAGCUUGUCAAUCCUGCGUACCAAUCUCUUCUUGGUCAUUUACGGACUAGAACUUUAGAAGCAUUCAAAGAGUCCUUUGAUAAGGCCGUUGAAAAGGAGGGAUUUGCUGUUGCUGCUCGCGAUUCUACCCAGAUUUUCUUGGAGAAGUUUGAUAAAGGAUCUGAAGAUGCUACCAUUCAACAAGUGAACUGGGAUCCCUCGAAAGUUAAGGAUAAGCUUAAGCGUGACAUUGAGGCUCAUGUGGUGUCAGUUCGUGCUACAAAGCUUUCUGAACUUUGUGCCACAUAUGAGGGCAAACUUACCAAAGCUCUUGCAGAACCUGUUGAAGCUCUUCUAGAUUCAGCCAGUGAAGACACCUGGCCAGCUAUUAGAAAGCUUCUUCAGCGUGAGACAACAGCCGCCGUUUCAGGUCUUGAAUCUGCUAUUUCAACUUUUGAGCUUGAUGAAGCUACUGAGAAAGAAUUGCUCUUGAGGCUGGAGAAUCAUGGAAGGAGCGUUGUUGAAUCAAAGGCAAGAGAAGAAGCUGCAAGGAUCUUGAUCCGCAUGAAGGACAGGUUCUCGACGUUAUUCAGUCGUGAUGCCGACUCGAUGCCAAGAGUAUGGACAGGAAAGGAAGACAUCAAAGCAAUUACUAAAACUGCUCGUUCAGCUUCCAUGAAGUUGCUUUCUACGAUGGCUGCAAUUCGGUUGGAAGAAGACGGUGACAACAUUGAUACCACUCUUUCCCUUGCUCUAGUAGAUGCUGCGAGGCCAGGGACUACAGAUAGAAGUAUUCAAUCGCUUGAUCCACUUGCCUCCAGUUCAUGGGAAAGGGUUCCAGAGGAGAGAACUUUAAUCUCCCCUGUCCAGUGCAAGUCUCUGUGGAGGCAAUUUAAAGCUGAAACUGAGUAUACCGUCACUCAAGCCAUAGCUGCUCAGGAAGCAAACAAGAGGAACAACAACUGGCUGCCUCCUCCAUGGGCGCUCGCUGCGAUGGCUGUCCUUGGUUUCAAUGAGUUCAUGACAUUACUGAGGAACCCAUUUUACCUGGCCGUCAUGUUUGUAGUUUUCCUAGUCGGGAAAGCCAUGUGGGUACAACUAGACAUUGCCAAUGAAUUCCGAAAUGGAUUUCUUCCAGCUCUCCUUUCGCUGUCGACAAAAUUUGUUCCGACAAUUAUGAACAUUCUGAAGAGACUAGCUGAUGAGGGGGCAGCGCCCGCAGCCCCAGAGAGGCAGAGAGAGACGGAGCUCCAACCAAGGAAUAAUAGUUCAAACAGCAACGUGACAUCAGCAGGUUCCUCCAGCUUAACCUCUUCAGAGAAUGGACCUGAAUAUUCAAGCCCGGUAGCACAAUGAUGAGUGGAUCCCUAGCUUUUAGCUGAAAGCUCUAGUUGUAGCUGCAACGGUUUGAGCCUAGGAGAUUGAAGUGCCUUGCGGUUUUUGUACGCUCGCUUGCCCUUCCCAACCUGAUGUAUGAAAAUUAUGUGGAAGAGUCCACAGCUGUUAUAUAAGGAAUUUUGGGGUUGGGAAUCGUUUGUAAGAAACAUUGUAGAAUAACUUCCUUUUCACUUCUAUUUUUGUAAUAUCUUAUAUGAUGGUUGUAUAGAAGAUUUGUGAUUAUUUUUGUUAUAUCCACCCAACCCAUGAGGGCAGGAAAAA